GCCUCCUUCCUACUCCUCCCAGAGCUCCAUUCAUUGGCCCUGCUGCUCCGGGUCUUCUGGGCGCUGCUUCCACUCAGCUGCCGCGCCGCUGCCUCGGGGGCCGCCAGGGGUGGGCGUCCCAAGAGCUUCGUCUGACUGGGCUGGGCCAGGAGGAAUGAGGGUUCUGGUAGUGCUGUUGGGGAUACUGAGCUUCCUGGGGGGAGCUCUGGGGGGGUCCUCUGCCCUCCCCUGGGAUAUCACCUCCUGCUACUUAGCUAGGCCCAUCGCUGGCAGCCCCCUAGGGUCCCUGAGCUUCCUGGGCAAGGAUGCCCAGGGACAGGCCCUGUUCCAUGCCCGCUGGGAUGGGCAUGGGAGGCUGCAGGUGUGUAGCCGGCAGGAUGAGCUGGAGCUCAUGGAAGCCUUCAGUGCCCUCUGUGCUGGUGAAAUCACCCGGGGCUCCUUCAUCCACACCCCUGGACCCGAGCUGCAGAGAGCCCUGGCCACCCUUCAGAGUCAGUGGGCAGCCUGCCACAGGCGCACUGAGAGUCCAGCAGGGGCCAGGGAGAAGCGAGCCACGGGGCAGAGCAGAGCACCUGGCGUGGGGCAUCAGCGGGGGAAGAGAGGCUGGACCAUGCCCGGCACACUGUGGUGUGGAGUCGGGAAUUCUGCCGGGAACUCCUCGGAGCUAGGAGUCUUCCAGGGCCCUGAUCUCUGCUGCCGAGAACAUGACCUCUGCCCCCAGACCAUCUCACCCUUCCAGUACAACUAUGGCAUCCGAAACUACCGAUUCCACACCAUUUCCCACUGUGACUGUGAUGCCAGGUUCCAGCAAUGCCUGAAGAACCAGCAGGACUCCAUCUCGAACAUCGUAGGCGUGGCCUUCUUCAACGUGCUGGAGACACCCUGCUUCGUAUUGGAGGAGCAGGAGGCGUGUGUGGCGUGGUACUGGUGGGGAGGGUGUAGAAAGUAUGGCUCCAUAGCCCUGGCCCGCCUGAAGCCUAGGACCCCCUACAAUGCCUCCUGGAGCUCCCAAGUCAUGUCCUUGACUCCCGGCCCCACGGGCCCAGGACACAGCAAGCCACCACAGCAGCAACGCCCUCAGAAGAGGCCACCACAGUGGAAAGGGUCCAAGCACCCCAGCAAAGCCAACACCACAGCCCUCCAGGACCCCAUGGCAUCCCCCAAGCCUGAUGUGGCCCCCACAACCCAGCUGAAGGUCACCCAUCUAGGCCUUCAGGGGCCAUGGGGUACCCUAAAACCUCAGGCACACCUGCCCCCAGGCAUCCACCGGGCCUGCCGCAUUUUCCGCCGCCUGGAUCAGUGUGAGCACCAGAUUGGGCCUCAGGAGACCAAGUUCCAGCUGUUCAACAAUGCACACGAGCGCCUCUUCCACUGCAAUUGCACACGCCGACUGGCACGCUUCCUGAGGUUCCACAGCCCACCCACGGGCACCAACAUGCUUUGGGAGCUGCUGGGCAUGACCUGCUUCAAGCUGGCCCCUCCACUGGACUGUGCUGAGGGCCAAGGCUGUUCCAGAGACCUUAGGGCCAUCAAGGUGUCAGCUCGGCACUUGCGGCGACUCCAGCCCCAGAGUACAGGCACAGACGAGAGGCAGGCAUGGCCUUCAGAGCACCCAAGGGCCCCCAUGUCAUUCUAUAGCCGGUGCCUGAGGCUGACCCGGGCAGCCUGGAGACCUGAUGGGCAGCAGAAAUCGUGGAACCAGUGACCUCAGUUCUAGCUCUUCUGGGCGCCAGACUGAACCUUGCCCCUGGCUUUGCUAGAUUCUGGGGGUCUUCGCCUCCUCUCCACGUGUUAGACUGAAGCUUGGUAAGGGCUUUUGUGGACAGGCAAGAGGCUGGAUGGUGGAGAGGCAGGCUGAGGCUGACAUGCUGGACAUGUCUCCUGCUGUGCUUGGUGAUCUUGAGCUGGUGACACAAUCCCUCUGUGCUCGGUAUUUAGGAGGCUCAUUCUGAUGCCCUAGGCUCGGGCCUUGCCAGGGAACUUCAUGUCCAGAUGGGAAUGGGGAGGAGGUAACUUAUUGUAGCAGCCUCAGGAGAUUCCAGGAAGAGGCAUACAUACUUCCACAUUGUAAAAUUAAUAACAUGUCUUAAGUGCUUGCCAGGUGAGCCCCAGCACCUGCCGGCUGAGGCCUGGGCCAGCAGAUGGGGAAUGAGGGAUGUCACAAAAGCGUGUGUGUCUGGAUCCUGGAUGGGGGGUUGGGGGGCACUACAGAGAGGCUUCCCAACUCCCCUCCUACCUGGGGGACCUCUUCACAGCUUCCAUGCCCUUCCUGGCCCAUUCUUUCUGCUCUAAACCUAAAUUCAAAUCUUCCCUGUGCCCUUGAGCAAGAGACCUCCCUGCCCAACACUGAGCCUUAGUUUCUUCUUCCGAGAAAGGGGAGUGUGAACAGGACCUACCUCAUAGGGUGGCUGAAGAUGCAGCGAACCAAUACAGUCCCAGUUAGCACCUGAAUGUCCCUUUCCUCGAACACACAGCCAAACUGCACCUGGAGGCCCCAGUCUGCUCGCUUGUGAAAUGGGUUUAAGAACUGGACUGAACUCAACACAACUCAGGGUCGUGGUGCAGAUUAAAUGAGUGAGUGUGUGU